CAAGUGCUUCCUGUGUGGCGCAUGCGCAGUUCCAGCGGCUUAGCUGGAGAACAGUCGGAUAGCAACGGGAAGACCAGGCAUCAACAGAAACAACGACACAGUGGUCAAAGGGGACGGCUUUCGCCUUGAUCUUUUCUCUGAGGUGGUUAAACCCAGUUUGGUUCUGAAUCAUUAAACACCAACAUAAAGGCACAGCAGGAGGAUGGCGGUAAAUGUCUACUCCACUUCUAUGAAUGCUGAUAACCUGAGUCGCCAUGACAUGCUGGCAUGGGUCAACGACUCUCUACAGCUCACCUACACAAAGAUUGAGCAGCUCUGUUCAGGUGCUGCCUACUGCCAAUUCAUGGACAUGCUGUUUCCUGGGUGCAUAUUGUUGAAAAAAGUCAAGUUUAACGCCAAACUGGAACACGAAUACAUUCACAACUUUAAGGUUUUACAGGCUGCGUUCAAGAGAAUGAAUGUGGACAAGAUCAUCCCUGUGGAGAGGCUGGUGAAGGGGAAGUUCCAGGACAACUUUGAGUUCCUUCAGUGGUUUAAGAGAUUUUUUGACGCCAACUACGAUGGGAAAGAGUACGACCCUCUACUGAUGAGACAGGGUCAGGAAGGAACGCCACCUCUGCCAAACCCAGGAGAACCAUUUCAUCCUAAACCUAAACGCCCCCCUCGCUCAGGUCCGAUGAGGACGUCUCCCACUGCCCCGAAGACCGUCCCUGUUCCACAGAGACAGAUCAACCCACCAGCAACUCGCAGGAACAACCCGGUUACCCGCAACGGAGGAGACGCAGAGCUCCUAGAACUCAACCAGCAGAUCAUGGAUAUGAAACUGACUAUAGAAGGGCUGGAGAAGGAGAGGGACUUCUACUUCGGCAAACUAAGAGACAUUGAGCUCAUCUGUCAAGAAAAUGAAAACAACCCAGUUCUGGGGAAAAUCAUUGACAUACUGUACGCUACAGAGGAAGGAUUUGCACCUCCCGAAGAAGAUGACAUUGAUGAAGGAGCACGAGAUCAGGAGGAGUUUUGAAUUCUUCCUCUUUUUCACCUCCAUCUCUCACCUCUCAUACUUUAAUCAGACCAUUGAGUCUUUUUAAUUUUUUUGCCUGGUUUUACCUUCCUAAGUUAACUUAAACAUUUUUCGACUUCUUCCAUCUCAUUCACGGCUUCACGUGUCCACGACGACUUUCUUGGACAGGCUAGGACUUUGACUGGCAGAGAACACUAACUUAGGUGUGUCUGGAUAAGGGCCCGGCAGCCUGGCUUGGCUUGACUGACUAAUUCUAACCCGUUUUAGAGGGGGCAGUUGGACUGCACUGUGAGUUCAGUCUGUCACUUGUUCAGAGAUAACAGCGAUGGGAUUUUAAAACUGCAGCACUGGAGCCAGCAGUGCUUUAAAUCUGUCUGUGAGGAGAAAAGAAGCCUCACACCAAGAUGUUUUACAUAAAACACUAGAAAUGUUUUACAAGCAUUUUGAUUGUCUUUUUGUUGUUUUUUUUCAAGUUGAGAUUAUAAAUGAUCUUUUGCCUUUUAGGAGUAAGGCCUGCAAAAUGGAAAUAUUUUGAUUAUAUGCUAAACAGUGAAUGAUUAGCUCAACAGACAUAUCACAGACUGAACAGUACGUAUGUACGCACUUAAAGCAGCUCUUCGCCCUGAGGAAAAAACAUUACUGAUGUUUUCAGUUUCAUCAAGUUGCUCAUCAAACUGUUCUGACUGCUUGUUAGGUGACAGCAUGGUGUAUUUAUGUUUCUAUUUAUUUAUUGAUAAUAUGCUCUGUACAGUUUCUGGAAAAAAGAAAAAUAUGGUUUGGAUUUGGAGAGAUUGACAGUCUUGCACUAUAUGUAGCAAAACAAACUGGCUGAAAUGAUCCAAAAUGCCAACAAGCAGUGAUUGGCUGCUGCUCCCAGGAGGAUACAGGAAGAUGCAAUUUUAUAUUUUUUAGAUUUAUUUUAAAGACAUGUGGUUUUUUUUAAUGCAUUGAAUCCUUCAGUGCCCAAGUCGUGGACGUCUUUUAAUUUCUCAAACAACCAUCAGGCUGUAAAAUAUAAAUUUACAAACACUGCAGACCAACACUACUAAAUACUAAUGUUUAUUUAGUUAAACAUUUUAGCUGCUACCAUUAUUCCUCUGUUGCCGCUUUCAGGUUUUCAUAUGUUGUGAAGCGUUAAAACACCGCCAUGGCUGCCAAGAAAAAAAGGCUUGGUUUGUUGUGAUUAAUACCCAGGAUGAGCGUGACUGACAUUAGUGGGAGCAGUCAGAGAGUAGGAAACAUCCAACACUCUCUUGCUGUUUUUUGUUGUUGUUUUUUUUUCCGACCAUGGUAGCCAUAUGAUCAACUUGCAUCAUUUGGAGUUACUGCUGGAAUGAAAUAAAGCUUUGAGGAUCAAGAAACUGAAA